UAACCCUCAACAAGAUCAAAACACUCCCUCUAACCAACAAGAAUCAGACUUAACAAUCCAACAAUUAUCUUCUUUACAUCAAGAAAAUACUGCUAAACAACAACAACCACUAACCGAAAACCAAGAUCAACAAUCUUUACAACAAUCUUAG